AUGCUCUUGUACUCUGAUCUGACCUGGAAAGCUCUUUUCAAUGUCUGCAACCUGAUUCUCGGGGGUUGUGUUCCUGAUUCUGUGAUGAACGCUAUGGUUGGAGCAAAACUGAUAGCUCUAAAGAAAAAUAAUGUGGAUGUCCCUCCCAUUGCAGUUGGAAACUGCAUUAGGCGACUCGUAGGUAGAACAGUGUGUUCACACUUGAAAAAUGAGAUGGCAGACUACCUUGCUCCUUACCAGUAUGGCGUUUCAAUGCCAGGAGGAAGUGAAGUUGUGGCUCACUUGGUGCAGUUGUAUUUGAAGCAAGAAAAGAAUUGUGUCAUUUUGAAAGUCGAUGCCAAGAAUGCUUUUAACAGCAUUAGCCGCAAUCUCAUUUUGAAUGAGGUAUCUAAGCAGUUUCCGGGUCUAUACCCUUUUGUGGCAAAAUGCUACCUCAAUCUCACUUCUCUAGUAGUGUCCGUAAAAGGUAGUGACUCUGUCAUUUCGUCGGUGGAAGGUGUACAGCAAGGUGACCCAUUGGGUCCUUUUGUUUUCAGCCUUGCCUUACACUCUGUGAUUUCCACCCUCAGCACUAAGCAUCCAUCAGUCUUGAUUCCUUGCUACCUCGAUGAUGCAAUGAUCAUGGGUUCCAUAGACGAUGUAACAUCUGUCUAUUUGGAGAUGAAAGACCUUCUCUUUAAUAUAGGCUUGGAGUUACGAGACAACAAAUGUGAGGCUUAUUGCCCCUCGAGAUGUUCUGGAUGGGAUUUGCCUAUUCCCUUAAGACAUGAUGGUUUAGUCAUACUGGGUACUCCAGUAGGUUCUGACUCUUUCAUAAGAAGUAAAUGUUUGGACAUUGUACAAAAGGAAAGUCAACUUCUUGAUAAACUACCUUUGCUAAAUAACAUGCAGUCUGCAUUACUUCUCUUACAGUACUGCGCUGUCCCUAAGUUUACUUAUCUUCUUCGGACAGUACCUACGUCGCUGAUAAGUGAAGCUGUUAAUCUGCACGAUUCGCUGAUUAUUCAAGCUUUUGAAAGUAUUGUUGGAUGCGGGUUGCUUGACGAGCUUGAACGUUUACAGCUCGGUCUUGAUAUCCAGCAAGGUGAAUUUGGGCUUUGUUCCGCUACGCAAUCUGCUUCGGAAGCCUUCAUUGGAGGUUGGGCAAAUAUGCUGCACUAUCUUCCACAUCACGACAAUCAUGUGCGUUAUCUUUGUGAUGGUUUACUGUCAGUUGAUGCUAAUCACCAUUCUCAAAUCGCAACGGACUUGACAACAUCUCUCAAAGAUCUUCACUGUAACUUUAGUGACACCACCAAACUGAUUCCAUCUGUUUCAAAGCUACCAGACAAUCCUAAGAAACUUCAGGCAAGACUUCAUAAGGCAAAGAAACAAUCACUUUUUAACAACCUUCUUGAACGAUGUAAAGAUAGUCGUUAUCAAUUAAGAAUACAGGGUUGUGGAGGUCCCAAUUCAGGGAUGUGGUUAGAUGCUAUGCCGAGCUCGCACCACUUCAUUCUCAGCAAUAAUGAUUUUCUCAACGCUGUUUGUCUGCGGCUCGGAAGAGCAAUUCCUAGCUUACAAUCCUUGAAUCACUGUAUUCCACAGUGUGGUCAACAAAUGGAUAUCAAAGGCUAUCAUGCUAUUACAUGUAAGUGGGGUGGAGGCACUAUUCAUCGGCAUGAUGCCGUAUUGGACUGUUUUUUUGAAAUGUCAAAGGUUCUGGGAUUCAAUUGUCGUAAAGAGCUACCAGCCCAGUUUACUAACAAACAGCGGCCUGACAUAGUCAUAUAUAAUUACAAGGAUGGAAAGAAUCUUCUUUUAGAUGUGACCAUCACACAUCCGUGGGCAAAACGAUCUCUUCGCUCAUGUAGCAGUACGCCAGGCUUUGCAGCAACAGAAAAGGAAAAGGAAAAGGAUGGGAAGUAUCUCGCCAAAUCAUCGAGCCUUGGAUACUUGUUUCGUCCCCUAGCGUUGGAGGUGUUUGGUCGUUGGGGAAACAAAGCAGAAGAACUGUUGCAAGAGUUUUCUAACCGCUCUCUGUCUUCGUUAGGCAUGAGUUCUGGCGAGUUCAAGCAAUACUGGCGACAAAGGAUAGCAGUGUGUCUACAAACAUACAACUCUAUUAUUCUAAAGAACAAGGUGGCAACCAUAGUUAGUCAAGGGUAA